AUGCUGAGUGCUGGCCUAGGACUGCUGAUGCUGGUGGCAGUGGUUGAAUUUCUCAUCGGUUUAAUUGGAAAUGGAGUCCUUGUGGUCUGGAGUUUUAGAGAAUGGAUCAGAAAAUUCAGCUGGUCCUCAUAUAACCUCAUUAUCCUGGGCCUGGCUGGCUGCCGAUUUGUCCUGCAGUGGCUGAUCAUUUUGGACUUAAGCUUGUUUCCACUUUUCCAGAGCAGCCGUUGGCUUCGCUAUCUUAGUAUCUUCUGGGUCCUGGUAAGCCAGGCCAGCUUAUGGUUUGCCACCUUCCUCAGUGUCUUCUAUUGCAAGAAGAUCACGACCUUCGAUCACCCGGCCUACUUGUGGCUGAAGCAGAGGGCCUAUAACCUGAGUCUCUGGUGCCUUCUGGGCUACUUUAUAAUCAAUUUGUUACUUACAGUCCAAAUUGGCUUAAUGUUCUAUCAUCCUCCCCAAGGAAACAGCAGCAUUCGGUAUCCCUUUGAAAGCUGGCAGUACCUGUAUGCAUUUCGGCUCAAUUCAGGAAGUUAUUUGCCUUUAAUGGUGUUUCUUGUUUCCUCUGGGAUGCUGAUUGUCUCUUUGUAUACACACCACAAGAAGAUGAAGGUCCAUUCAGCUGGUAGGAGGGAUGUCCGGGCCAAGGCUCACAUCACUGCCCUGAAGUCCUUGGGCUGCUUCCUCUUACUUCACCUGGUUUAUAUCAUGGCCAGCCCCUUCUCCAUCGCCUCCAAGACUUAUCCUCCUGAUCUCACCAGUGUCUUCAUCUGGGAGACACUCAUGGCAGCCUAUCCUUCUCUUCAUUCUCUCAUAUUGAUCAUGGGGAUUCCUAGGGUGAAGCAGACUUGUCAGAAGAUCCUGUGGAAGACAGUGUGUGCUCGGAGAUGCUGGGGCCCAUGA